AUGAAGAAAUACAAGAUCAGACCUCAACAAUUUAACAAUGACGAAAUCUUUCCAAAACUCAAAGGAAAGAAUUUUACUAUUUACACUGACGGAUCAAAUCUCAACAACUCAACAGGUUUCGGCUUUACCGCCAAAGUUAACAAUUCCCAAGAAACCCAAGAUUUCUCAUACAAAAUUAACAGCGAAUACUCACAUAACGUUGCUGAAUUAUCAGCAAUACUCACAUCACUAAAGAUACUUCCACCUAAAUCUAAGGCAAAAAUUCACACAGAUAGUGAAAUAUCCAUCCACGUUUUGAAAAACAAAGCCUAUAACGGAAUUUUUAACUGCUUCAAGCAUGAAUAUCAACAGGUCAUUCAACAAUCCAAUCUAAAUAUUCAACUAAUCAAAGUUAAAGGUCAUGUCAACAAAGGAAACAUCAAAGCUGACGAAUUAGCUAAGAAAGGAGCUCAAGAGCACAACUAUUUUGACAUUAAGAAGCUAUUUUCGAACCAAACCAUCCUUGCCACAUCUAAUACCAUUAUUUUCGACAUCAAAAAAUCCAUACAAAAGAAAAGAUAUGAUGUAAUGUUUAGCCAAUUUGAUAGAGAUAAUUCCAGUCUACACCUUACCAAGAACUGGUCAUCUAUCAAUCUGAAAUUCAUCAAAUCUAAAAUUGACACAAAUACUAAGUGGUCAAUCUGGAGAAACUUAACAAGCAACCAUAUCAAACAACAUAAGGAAAGACAAUGCGCUCACUGUAAAUGCCCCGGAACUCUAAAACAUUUCAUAUACUAUUGCCCUAAUACUCAAUGCUUUAGGGAUUUUUUCUACACUAAAUUCCUAGAUAUUACAUCAAUGCAAUGUAUCCUCAACGAUUAUCAAGAAUCAAGAUACUGUGAAAGAAGGAAAGUUUUCAUUAUUCAUCAUGACGGAGUAAUGAUUCGAGAUACUCAAAUGCCCAACUUUAAAAAUUUACCAAAUAUUUACCAAAAUUGGCCUGAAAUCCAAACAAUUCUCACCCUACUAGUUGGUAAAUGUCACACCAAGUAUUAUGAAAACUCAAGGUUUAAAAAACCAAUUCAAAAACAAACCCCAAUCCUCACGGAUUUACCAGCACCAGUGGUGCUAACAAUAAACUAA